AUGCCAGAAAAGUUAACAGUUACUAGGAUAUCAGAUUGCUCAAAUCACUUCAAAGGUCAAAUUAAAGCUGGAACAAUGAAAGUAGAAGUACCAGAAUCAUUGAAGAAGAGCCGAUGUUAUUACCAGCACGAUUGGAUAUUUUGUGUCUGUAACAACACUUACUGCAAUUCUCCACAAUAUUGGCCGUUAAUGUUUGCAAGAUUCUCUCACGAAUCACCACCGGCUACACGGCGAUUACCUGGGGCGUUUGCAGACGCUAAGAAAAUGAUAAAGGAGCAUGGUCUAAAUGUGACAAUAAACAAAAAUGAGAAGAAGAGUUUUCGUGACAAUUUGAGAUGUUUCGUAUGGUUUUCGGAUACUGUUAAUCAAGAAGAGUUGAAUCCUCCGUUCUAUCUCUACAACUACAUAACAACAGUCCAUCGUGCACCGCCUCUUGCAGAUGCUCUCACUAAUGAUCCAGCCCUAAGAAAAGACAGUGAUUGGGGAACAAUUCAAGAUCAUACGGUGACAAAACUUCACAUACCAGAAAAAGAGCCAUAUGAAGAUGGGACACAUGAAACAGAUCCGGAUUACAAAACAUAUCCACAUGAAAUGAAACAAGAUCAAGAGAAUUCGGAACGUGCUGUGACUUUUCUUUCAAUUGGAUUGGCUGUCUGUAUUGUUGCUUUCGGUGGAACAAACUUCUUUUUGUAUAAGAUUUGUCAACGAAUUCGAGAUCACUCUCAAUUCACGCGAGUAGACGAUAGAAGAGCAAGGGGUCGAUACACAAGAUGUUUUAAAACACCAAAAUUGCCAACGGAAUUCGUUAAAAUUUCGGGUAAAGAGCUGAAGAAUGUCGAUAUGGAAGCAGGUCCAUCUGUGAAAUAG